CUCUUACACUAUUUUUUUUCUUUCAUCUCUCUCCGGUCACCGGAACAUAGCGUUAGGGUUUAUAAUUGGAUCAGUGUUCUGAAUUCGCCUACGCUUUUCAACUACAUAAGCGAAUACUGGUUAUCAAAUCUGCGUUCGUAAGCGGUUAGAAGUAUGAAUCCACUGACAUUAGUGAAGCGUAUUCAGAACAUAAAUUCAAAGGAAGCCUCAUUAGGUAUUUCCGAGGAUGCUUCAUGGCAUGCCAAGUAUAAAGAUUCAGCUUAUGUGUAUGUUGGGGGUAUUCCCUUUGAUCUCACCGAAGGCGAUCUUCUUGCCGUUUUUGCUCAGUAUGGUGAGAUUGUCGAUGUGAAUCUUGUUAGAGACAAAGGAACUGGAAAAUCGAAAGGUUUUGCUUUUGUUGCAUAUGAGGAUCAGAGAAGUACAAUUCUUGCUGUAGAUAAUCUGAAUGGUGCACAAGUUCUUGGGCGUACUAUAAGAGUUGAUCAUGUUACUAAAUACAAAAAGAAAGAAGAAGAAGAUGAAGAGGAGGAACAGAAGAAACGAGAGGCACGAGGAGUGUGUCGUGCUUUUCAGAGAGGUGAUUGUACGCGUGGCGCUGGAUGCAAGUUCUCUCAUAAUGAGCAAAGAGCUGCAAACACGGGUUGGGGUCCUCAAGAUGCUAAGAAUUCAAGGUGGGAGAAUGACAAGUUUGAAGACCCAACAAGGAGUGAAAGAGGAGGCCCAGGCCCAGGCCCAUCAAAUCGAAUGCAUGACAAAGAUGCAAAAAGUUUGAAUGUUGAGAAAGAGAGGUACCAGAAACGAACAGAUACAAAUGCAAGAGAUGAAGACACCAGAAGAAGCAGUGACAGAAGAUUGAAACAUGGGAAUGGGAAUGGGGAAAAAGUAAAACCAAGGAGGUAUGAUUCCGAUGAAGAUGGUGAUAGGAGGAAGGAGAAAAGGACGAAGCAGGAAUCGGAAUCGGAAUCGUAUCGAAGAGAAGGUGACAGAAGUAGGAGGGAAUCUGGGUCUCGUGACCACAGAAGGAAGGAUGAAGAGCACCGUGUAAGUGUAAGAUCACACAGAUAGUUUUGAAAUUGUUAAAUGGCGAAUCUGGCAGGAGAAGCCAAUUAUGUAUGUUGAUGUCAAGAUGUUGCUCCCUUGAUUCUGGUUAUUGGCUGUCAAUCUGUUGUUUUGAGGUUUUGUAACGUGUUUAGGU